UGUGUUCUAUAAUUUGCACAAAAAUCCGUUAUUUAGUGAAAUAAAAUAUUCUUCGUUUGAAACGUGUUUUCGUACAUCUUAUGAAAAAACAAAGCCAAAUCUGAAAUUCAUAUGUACACUGCAAAGUAAAAUUAAUACAAAAUUUGCGAUUUCGUGUUGGAUAUUUUGGAAAUAUUUCUUCCACAAACGGUAAACAUGUAUGCCGCCGUCAAACCGCUCUCAAAGUAUUUGCAAUUUAAAUCAGUUCGCAUAUAUGAUGUGGUCUUCACUUUACACUCGAAAUGUACGGUGGUAAUAUUGUUAACUUGUUCAUUUUUGCUAUCAGCAAAACAAUAUUUCGGUGAGCCUAUACAAUGUUUGGGUAAUGACAAAUACAGUGAAUUUGUUAACUCAUUUUGCUGGACAAUGGGCACUUAUAUAUUGAAUGUUUACGAUGUGCAAGACCGCAUACCACAUGGCGACAAGUUGUUAAGUACACAGACUGGAGACGCUUCUCCAUAUAUAGCCGAAGGAAUAACCACAGAGGUUGUUGGAGUUACGGAGCGAGUGUAUUUGCGUUAUUACCAAUGGGUGAUUAUGUUACUGCUCUUGCAGUCGGUUUUCUUUUAUUUUCCUUCAUUCCUUUGGAAGAUGUGGGAAGGUCAACGGCUGAAACAAUUAUGCUCCGAAGUUGGUGAUGCAUUAGUCCCCGAAAAUACUUACGUAGAACGUUUAAGAUUGUUGCUAAAAUACUUCUCAUCCGAUUAUAAGGAGAUACACUUUUGUUAUAUGGUAAAAUGUCUCACAUGCGAAGUAUUAAAUUUCAUAAUCAGUGUUAUCAAUAUUUUAUUGCUUAACGUAUUUUUAAACGGCUAUUGGACGAAGUAUAUUGAAGCUCUUACGGCCGUGCCACUCUAUGAUUGGGACAAUUGGAAUCGAAUGACUUCGCGAAUUUUUCCCAAAAUCGCAAAAUGCGACUACUUCAUAUUUGGACCAGGUGGUUCUCAAACCAAGCGCGAUGUUUUGUGUAUCCUACCACUGAAUAUAUUAAACGAAAAGAUUUUCGGUUUUUUAUGGUGCUGGUUCCUCAUAAUGGCAGUAAUCGCUGGUUUAAAUUUGCUAUACCGUCUCUUCCUAAUGUCCAGUAGGACAUUUCGCUUAAAAAUGAUAAGCACACAGUUGCGCCCAAUGUCUACAACACAGGUGCAACUCGCUUUGGAGAACAUAAGCUUUGGUGACUGGUUUCUCCUUUUUAAAGUCAGUGUAAAUAUUAAUCCAAUGUUAUUUCGAGAUUUAAUUAAAGAACUGUACGAACAACGCAAAUUAAGAAAUAAUUUGUCUUCAGUUUAAGGACUAACCUCACUAUGAUUGACAGUACAAAUAUAUUUGUAUGUACCGACUGGAGGUACAUAAAAAUUCCAUAUUCAUAAUUGAAAAUCGUUUUGGAUUUUUAAUGAAUAGAAAAAUCAUUUUGAUAACAACUUUAAAAGGAAAAAAAUGUUGAUUUACUUUGUACCAAAUUCUAUAUAUAAACAAACAACAUUAAAGUGCCUUGUAUUAAAUUAUUUAUAAUUGUUUUGAAAUUCACUCUUGCUUGAUGCCACUAUACAGAUGCAUACGUAUAUUAGAGAGUAAGAUUUUUCUUAAACCAAUGAAUUCAAGUUAUCUCUAUCGUUUAUUGAAUAAUAAAUAUUUAUUUUUAUGUAUGAAAUUUGAAAGACGAAAAUGAAUUUAAUGAAUAAUUGAAUAAAAGUAAUUUUGAGCAAUGCUCAUAGUUGAAAAUUGA